UGAUGAGCGUUCUCCCGGUCUGGCUGGGCCAGUUCUGGACCAGAAAGUUGUUGCGGCCGCUCGCAGGAGCCGAGGCAGGAGGAUUGCGAGUCCCAGGCCAGUCUGACUGUGUAGAGAGACCCUGUUUCUAAAAAGAGACACAACCAUCAACAAAAUCCAUUAAAAUAGGCUUUUGCUCAGUGGGCAGAGCCCAGUCCCUGGUGCCUAGAGCCGGUGCGGGCUUCAUGACACCAUAGGGCAGCUCUUGGGUCUCUGCUGUGUGACUGUCAGCCCGUGUCUGCCUCUCUCUGGGCCACAGGAUAGGAUGAAUGGGAACUUGGGUUCUCGGGCCCAGUAAAGACCCCCAGGACUACCUGCCAACAUUUUCUCGGCUUUGUUUCUGGGGUGCAUCUCCCGGGAUAGCACAGAGUUUCAGGGUCAGGUCCCCAGAACGAGAUGCCGAGAGAUGGAGAAGGGGAUAUUGGGGGCACAAGGACCCCCUGUGAUCCCCCGUCCCUUGGUCAUCUAUGCAGUAGGAACCACCAUCCUGACCCUUGUUGGUGGUCACAGACAGUAUCAAAGCGUGGUGAUGAUGACUGGGGACCCGGUGACGGGCAGCACGUAACUACAGGAACCUCCUGAUCCCCGUGGGGACACCCAAGGAAGGCUUCCCGGCGGCGGGAGCGCACAGGCUGGAGGGAGAGGCGGUCCUCCGGGCUGCCCACCUGAGCAGGCUGGCCAACAACAGCUCACCUCGGCUCAUCCGGUCCUCCUGGGCGGGUGCUCCCCCCCCCAACCUGAUCGGGUAUCACCCUGACUCCGCUGCUGGCAGCUCGUACCUGGAGCGGGUAACCAGAGAGGCUGCGGUGGACGCAGGGCUCUGGCCUGGAGUCGCCUGAGAGACAGGACAAGAGCCCCUAACUGGUAUGAUGAAGACCCUUCGGGCAAGGUUCAAGAAGACAGAGCUCCGGCUCGGUCCCACCGACCUUGGCUCCUGCCCGCCCUGUGGCCCGUGCCCUAUCCCGAAACCCGCAGCAAGAGGCAGGCGCCAGGCAAGUGCCCAGGAGUGGGUGGGUGAGAGUCCGGAGCCACUCACUGCCUUUGUCCCUUGGUGGGGCGGGGACAGUGAACCCACUCAGUCCCACACACCUCUGGGUGUGCCACCACAGGGCCAAGACUGGGGCAAAAAUGACCAGCGCCUGCUCCAGGCCGUGGAGAACAAUGAUGCUGCCAGAGUGGCCUCGUUGAUCACCCACAAAGGGCUGGUCCCCACAAAACUGGACCCCGAGGGCAAGUCUGCGUUCCACUUAGCGGUCAUGAAGGGUGCCGUGGGCUGUCUGGAGGUGAUGCUGGCUCAAGGCUCAGACGUCAUGAGCACAGAUGGAGCAGGUUACAAUGCCCUUCACCUGGCAGCCAAGUAUGGGCACCCUGAGUGCCUGAAGCAGCUCUUGGAGGCUUCCUGCGUGGUGGACAUUGAGGACAGCAGUGGGUGGACAGCCCUUCAUCAUGCAGCGGCUGGUGGCUGUCUGUCCUGUUCAAAGCUGCUCUGCUCUUUCAAGGCACACAUGAACCCCCGGGAUCGGUCGGGCGCCACGCCCCUCAUCAUAGCGGCCCAGAUGUGUCACACAGAUCUCUGCCGCCUCCUCCUGCAGCAGGGAGCUGCAGCAAACGACCAGGACCUGCAAGGCAGGACAGCCUUGAUGCUGGCGUGUGAGGGGGCCAGCCCGGAGACCGUUGAAGUACUCCUGCUAGGUGGAGCCCAGGUGGGCAUCACUGAUGCCCUGGGCCAGGACGCCACUCACUACGGAGCCCUGACGGGGGACAAAGUCAUCUUGCAGCUUCUACAGGAGUUUGCACAACGCCCUUCACCUCCCAGUGCCUCUCUAGAGGAUGACUCCGGAGAGGCCUCGUCUCAGAACUCGGUGUCCAGCCAUGAAAAGCAAGGGGCCCCCAAGAAGCGGAAGGCACCCCAACCUCCAGCCAGCAUGCCUGUUCCCGACGACCAGGAUGCUUAUGAGGAGAUUGUGCGUCUGCGCCAAGAGAGAGGCCGGCUCCUGCAGAAGAUCAGGGGCCUGGAACAGCACAAGGAAAGGAGGAGAAAGGAGCCCCUGGAGGCAGAGGCCAGUUCAGUGCACAGCCUGGAGAGGCAGGUGCACGAGCUGCAGCAACUGCUGGCAGAGAAGCAGGAAGAGAAGGAGAGUCUGGGCCGGGAGGUAGAGAGCCUGCAGAGCCGCCUGUCCCUUCUGGAGAAUGAUAGAGAGAACACCAGCUACGAUGUGGUCACCCUGCAGGACGAGGAGGCUGAGAUGCCUGACUUUCCAGGAGCUGAUGCGCUGUUGUCAAAGCAGCAACGUCUGUCAGCUGACGAGCUGGUGGCAUCCCUGCAGGAGCAGGUGGCUCAGCUCACCAGGCAGAACCAGGAGCUGUUGGAGAAGGUCCAGAUCCUUGAGGAGUUUGAGAAGGACGAGGUGCAGAUGGUGGAAGACAAUCAGCCUGAAGUGGUCCCUCUGGUCUUGUAUGAUACUCUGAGGACAGAACUUGAGCAGCUCCGGAGGCAGCACACAGAGGCCAUGCAGGCACUGCAGGAGCAGCGGGAGGUGGCCAGGGGUCAUGGAGAAGAGACAGUACAGAAGGAGAGCAGGGACAAGGGAACCACCACCCAGAAUGGUCCUAGCGUCCCGGAGCUCAAUGGUAUCACAUAUCCAGAAACCCCAGCAAACGGCACCACGGAACCCCAAGCAGGAGGCUGCUUGGGCACCGGGAACACAGAAGCCAGUGCUUCAGAAGUGACACCUAUAGAGCCCGAGGCUGCAAGUUCAGAGGCCACGGGGAAAGAUGCUGCGGCAGACGAGACUGUGGACACGAGAACCACUGGGGCUCAGGCCCUAGACGUGAAAGCUGUAGGUGACGAAGCUGAAAGAGAGCCGGUGGUGGCGGAAGCCAUGGGAGGGAAAGGGAAUCCAGGCAUGGUGCAGGAGGGGCUCCUCGGCACAGGGAUUAGAAACACGGAGGCCACGGGAGCAGAAUUGCGGGAUACCGGAGUUCAGGCCACAGCAGCAGAGUCCACGGUAGUGAAGACCACGGGAGUGCAGGCCACAGUGGCAGAGGUCAUAGGAGUGAAGGUCACAGGAGUGCAGGUCACAGCGACAGAGGACACAGUAGUCAAGGCCACUGGAGCUGAAGCCCCGGGAGCAGAAGCCAAGGGUGCGCAGGCCACUGUGACUGAGGCCAAGGGAGCUGAGGUUUCGGAAACUCAGGCCACCACCCUGGAAACCACGGGAGCAGAGGAGGCCACGGGGUCACAAGCCAUGGCCGUAGAGACCACAGGCGCGCAGGAUACUGUGACAGAGGCCAACGGAGCCGAGGCCGUAGGACUCAAGGCCUCGGAAGCCGAGGCCGCUUGCACGGAGGGUCCCAGUGCUGCGGCCUUGCACCCGGGGGCAGCGGCAGCGGCGGCGGCGCUGCAGGCCGAGCUGGAGACCCGAAUCCGCGGCCUGGAAGAGACGCUUCGCCUGCGGGAAAGGGAGGCGGCGGCCGAGCUGGAGGCCGCCCGGGACCGAUUUGCGGAGGCUGAGGAGGCGGCACGGGGUAGGAGCCGCGAGCUGGAGACGCUGCGGGAGCUGCUGGCCACGGCCACGGCCACGGGGGAGCGCGCACGCGAGGAGGCCGCCGAGCUGCGCCGAGCGCUGACGGCCUCAGAGGCUCGGGCUGCCGAGCUCAGCUCCGCGCACGAUGCGGUCCGCGAGGAGCUCGAGCGCGUGCGCGGGGCCUCGGUGCCUGCGGACGAGCACGAGCAGGCGCUGGGCGCGCUGCGCGACCACGUGACCCGGCUGCAGGCGCAGCUGGAGGAGCUGGCGCGCAAGCACGAGAGGACGAGCGCCGAAGUCUUCCAGGUGCAGCGGGAGGCAUUGUUUAUGAAGAGCGAGAGGCACGCGGCUGAGGCCCAGCUGGCCACGGCCGAACAGCAGCUCCGGGGGCUUCGUACAGAGGCCGAGAGGGCACGCCAGGCGCAGAGCCGUGCCCAGGAGGCCCUGGACAAGGCCAAGGAGAAGGACAAGAAGAUCACAGAACUGUCCAAAGAAGUCUUCUCACUGAAGGAGUCUCUGAAGGCGCAGCAGGCAGCCCCUUCCAGCUCUGAGGAGGAGGAAGCCCUCCGUGGCCAGGUGGCAGCCUUGCAGCAGCGCAUGGAGGAGGAGGCCCGGGAGCACGGUGCCGUGGUGGCUUUAUACCGUACCCAUCUCCUGUAUGCCAUUCAGGGACAGAUGGAUGAGGACGUCCAAUGCAUUCUCAGCCAGAUCCUGCAGAUGCAGCGGUUGCAGGCUCAGGGUCGCUGAGGACACAGCUGGGUUCUUCCCUCUCCGUCCUUCACCACUGUAAGCUGAAGCCACAGAGACCACCUUCCCUUUCCCAUGCCGCAGGGUGCUGAACGGACUCAGCAGGCUCUGGGAGCCAGCCUGGGACCUUACCCAUCACUCCACAGCUUACAGCACUCCCCAUCUGAUGGUACAACUCCCACUAUGCCAUCUGUAUCCCACCCACCCACCCAGGAGUGUAAACUCACUGCAAGAGGGAGACGUAACCGCUGGGCGAGGGCAGGGAUGGCGCAGGGGUUCAGAUGAUAGUCUGAUAUUCUGGACUCAAAACAGUUAUAGCAAUAAAUAUGAAUGCAAUGCCGUAUUUGAAUAAACCAGGGGAUAGUGUUGUGGCUCAGAGGUGGAGUCCUGCGGAGAAUACCCCGUGAGGGGCUGGUGUCACGGGGUAGGGCAGCAUGGGUGUGUGGGUUCGCACGGGUCCGUGAAAUAAAGACUCUGAGAUUCUUGAGAAUGAACCUAGCCUUUGAGGCCGCAGGGGCUCAGCCUCUUUGGACUGAAGCUUUCCCUUCGCCUCUUGGCAUUUUAAUUUUUUCCUAUGUUUAUACUUUAGCUAGUAGAUUUCCAUAUCUCAAACCGAGUGGAGUGUCCACACUACAUUGCCAAGUGCAAAUACCUGAUUUAUGAGGUACCACGGUUUUCUGGGUUUCCCCAUAGCCAAGUCUGCCUAGGCUUUGUAUCCAUGGGAACCUCUCAGAUGAGAUUCACACAGGGCAACAAAAGGUAUCUGUAACACAAAGGAUGGGUUAGG